AUGGCUAGCGCGGCAGGAGGAGGGGACGCUCGCCUGCCUGAUGGACGGCCGGGGACAGCAACGCUGGACAAGAUCGGCCCGGAGCAGAUUUUGCCGCCAGCACAGCAGCAGACCGUGCCGGACUCUGCAGAACUGCCCAGACAUGAAGACAAGCUCUCAGUGUGCAGCAAGCUGUGCUACGCCAUUGGAGGGGCUCCGAAUCAAGUUGCCAGCAGUGCCACUGCCUUUUUUCUGCAGAUCUAUCUCUUAGAAAUUGCUCAGAUCACUCCGUUUCAUGCCUCUCUGGUGCUAUUUGUCGGGAAAGCCUGUGGAGCGGUUGCAGAUCCCGUCGCUGGCUUUUUUAUUAGCAAAAGCAAAUGGACCAAAAUUGGCCGACUCAUGCCUUGGAUGCUGGGUUGUACCCCUUUCAUCAUUGUGUCCUAUUUCUUUCUGUGGUACCUGCCUCCCUUCAUAGCUGGAAGAGUCGUGUGGUAUCUGGCUUUCUACUGCCUUUUCCAGGCGCUGACUACAUUUUUCCUGGUACCGUACUGUGCUCUUACCAUGUUUCUCAGCACUGAGCAGAAGGAUCGGGAUUCAGCAACAGCGUACCGAAUCACAGUGGAAGUUCUCGGGACAUUAAUUGGAGCUGCUCUCCAGGGUCAGAUCGUCGCCAGUGCUCACGCCUCAGAUCACUGUAGCCAAAAUUCAACUGUAGGCUUUUCCAGCCUGCAACAAAACAGUUCUAGCCUCCUCAGCCUGGCUCAUGGAAGAAAUGUCUACAUGAUCGCAGCAGGGGUCAUAGGAGGAAUCUACCUUGUUAGCAUCGUUGUCCUUUUCCUAGGAGUGAAAGAAAAAGACGAUCCUUAUGCCUUAAGUUCAGACAAAACAGUUCCUUUCUUUAAGGGACUCAGACUCACAAUGAAGUAUGGACCAUACAUGAAACUUACAGCAUCAUUUCUUCUGAUUUCAACAGCAGUUCAGCUUGAACAAGGAAACUUUGUCCUCUUUUGUACCCAUACGACCGGUCUGCGCAGCCACUUCCAGAAUCUAGUGAUGACCAUCUUGUGGAUGAUUCCUUUUGUGAUCAUGCUGGUGACCAUCCCUAACCUGACUGUCACUUAUGUGGCGGCUUUUGUAUCCGGGCUGAGCAUUGCGGCAUCUUUGCUGUUGCCAUGGUCCAUGUUGCCGGAUGUGGUCGACCACUUUCGCCUGCAGAAUCCUCAUUCGACAGGACAUGAGUUUGUUGGUUACGAAUCAGGUGCUUGCGGACAGUCUGACAGUGUGGUCACCAUGCUGAAGGUUUUGGUUGGAGGGGUCCCUGCUGGCCUCAUCUUCUUAGGCUUAUUCAUACUCCUCUUCUAUCCAAUCAACAAAAAGAGUCAAAAGGAAACGAAAUAUGCCCUGGAAAUGCUAAGACAGACUCAUCCAAGCACUGAAAACCUUAAUGAGAAUGAAGAAAACACUCCACUCUGAAAGCCUGC